AACAAAAACAAAAAGAAAAAAAGAAAAAAAAAGAGCACACAACAGAAUCCCCCACUCGCUCGUUUUCUCGUUUCGUCAUUUUCUCCUUUUAAGCUCCUCUCUUUCAUGCCAUUUCCUCCAUCCUCCUCCUCCUUCCUCUUCCUCUUCCUCUUUCAGGUUAUCCUUGAUAAUUUGUAAAAUUCGAAAUGGUGCAAUGAAUCUUGAGAUCGCUGGGCUUCAUUGGCGUUGGAAAAUAGGCCUUUUGCUUGAUUAAUUUUAUAUUUAUUUAAAAAAUUCAACCUUUGUUGUUGUUUACUUUUGUCAGUCAGAUAGAAGAAAAAAUUAAGUAAUAAUAUGGGAUAUAUUAGUUCGGUUUUGUCAUCCUCAAGUCAAGUUCACGUUGAUGAUGGGCCUGUUAGCGGUGGCGGUCUCAGUCAUAAUGGGAAGUUCAGCUACGGAUAUGCUAGUUCUCCCGGGAAAAGGUCUUCAAUGGAAGAUUUUUAUGAGACAAGAAUUGAUGGUGUUGAAGGAGAGAUAGUUGGCCUUUUUGGAGUCUUCGAUGGUCAUGGAGGUGCUCGAGCAGCUGAAUAUGUUAAACAAAAUCUUUUUAGUAAUUUGAUCAGGCAUCCAAAGUUCAUUUCUGAUACAAAAUCAGCUAUAGCUGAUGCAUACAACCACACAGACUCAGAAUUUCUGAAAUCAGAAAAUAAUCAGAAUAGAGAUGCUGGGUCAACUGCCUCCACUGCUAUCCUUGUUGGUGACCGUUUGCUGGUUGCAAAUGUUGGGGACUCCAGAGCUGUUAUCUGCAGGGGUGGUAAUGCCAUUGCUGUUUCUCGAGAUCACAAGCCAGACCAAACUGAUGAGCGGCAGCGUAUUGAGGAUGCUGGAGGGUUUGUGAUGUGGGCUGGAACUUGGAGGGUUGGGGGUGUUCUUGCUGUUUCUCGUGCAUUUGGUGAUAGACUCUUGAAGCAGUAUGUUGUUGCUGAUCCAGAAAUCCAGGAGGAAAAGAUUGACAGCUCCCUCGAGUUUCUUAUCCUUGCCAGUGAUGGACUGUGGGAUGUUGUCACAAAUGAGGAGGCUGUCGCAAUGAUCAAACCAAUCCCAGACCCAGAGGAGGCAGCAAAGAGGCUGAUGCAGGAAGCAUAUCAGAGAGGCAGUGCAGAUAACAUUACAUGUGUUGUUGUGCGUUUCUUGGCCAACCAAGGGGGUUCGUCCCUUUCCAGCCCCGCAUAAGCUUAUCUUUGUCUGGUAGUUCCAGUUGCGUUCCAGGGUUUGGUUCCCUACCUGAUGAAAAUGGGGAAGAAUAAACUCAAAUAGUUAGUUGUAGGAAGGUGGUGUUAGUUGUACUGUAUAAGUAUAGUAACAUAAAGGAACUCGUGAGGCUGCUAAUGCGCAUUACAUGUUUUCAGCCUCUAGAAUAGAACUGUGUAUGAGUUUAGCUUCUGUACUUGGAUGUUGAAUGUAGCUAGAAACCCGCACGUGUGUGAAUCUGUAAAGAGUUAAUACUAUGUUUCCCUUCUCAGCAGUAACCAUAUGGACUUGGCUUGCUGUGUGGAGCCAUGCCCAUGGAAAUUAUAGUUACCACCAAAGAGCCCCAGCUUUAUCUUGAAGGGAUUCAAGGAUGAAAAUACCAGGCAACAACUGGGCACCUUGGGGCCGGACCUUGACUGACACCACUAGGAUACAAACUUGUUUCAAUUGCUUAUCCAAUAGGCGCCACUAGUGGUGGUGGGGGUGGAGGUGGAUCUUUUGGAAAUUGUGUGUCUAGAGUUGCGUUGGUUCCAUUUCUAUGAGGAUGUGAUGUAAUUAGUAAUUACUAUGAAUGAAGUUUUAAUUGUUUCUAGGGCA